GGUGCCGUGAAGCGUGGCCAGCUCGCUCCUCGUGUCGUGGUGUCCAGCACGAGAGAAAAGUUGGAGAAAAAGUUUUGUAAGAGGAAAUACUACGCUUUAACUAGAUUUAGGCAACACCGGUGCUUAAUUACUUUCAUGCGGUUUAUCGUUUCCUCUUUUUUUGCUUUACUUUUUAAAUCAGUCAGAUUUAAUUUAAAAAAAAGUAUAUAUAUACAUAUGCUUUCGCACUGGUCACUCUUUUUAGUCUUCGUAAUAUCAAUGUUUCUGUACGAAGCCUCUGUGCUACAUCUGGUGGAGGAGAGCAGCCCGAAACCGCGGAUAGUACAAUGAAGCCGUGCAUCCAUCUCCGAGACAAAGCAGCAGGAUGCUACGAAAGGACGGUAUUUCUCACAAAUCAGGGACAUUUCACUUGAACUCACCAAGAGGCCAAACAAAGAAUGAAGCCUCUGCAUGACAAGCUAUGACCCACAGAACAGCAUUGUAGAGCUCACAUUGCAAAGGGAAGACUUAAGAAUGAAGACCAAGUAUGCAAUCGUCUUUAUCUGUAUUGUGGCCCUGGUCAUCAUUGAAAAGGAAAGCAACAUCCUCUCUAGGGUCUCUGACAGAUUGAUCCAGAGGCAGAUGCCGCAGCAGCAGGAUUUCAGCAACAUAACACAAAAGGGCUCCUUGAUGGCACUCAAAAUGCUGCUGUCGCGACUCUCUGGUACAAAGAGGGAUAGCUCAAAUUUCUCAGAGGAAGAAGAGGAGGAAGAACUGGAUGAUUCGGGGACAUACAGCUACGCCGGUGGCCGUAAGCACGUAUUACUCUUGGCCACCACACGGACAGGUUCCUCAUUUGUGGGGGAAUUUUUUAACCAGCACGGGGAGAACAUGUUCUAUCUGUUUGAGCCGCUGUGGCAUGUCGAGCGCAUGCUGACCCCGGCUGCAGAGGCAAACAAUGGGACAGUGUUGUCGGGAAUUUACCGAGAUGUACUCCAGGGGCUUUUCCUGUGUGAUUUCUCACCUCUUGAGAAGUUCAUCUCUCCCCCACCUCAGGACCAUGUCACCCCAUCUCUUUUCCGCAGAGAGUCUAGUUUAUCACUCUGUGAAGAACGGGUCUGCAGUCCUGUAAUCAGAGAUGUUUUUGAGAGGUAUCACUGUAAGAGUCGUCGCUGUGGGCCACUGAACCUAACUCUUGCAUCUGAAUCCUGCCUUUCCAAACAACACCAUGCCAUUAAGACUGUUCGUGUGCAUCAGCUGGACACACUGCAGCCUUUGGUAGAGGACCCUCGCUUGGAUAUCAAAGUUAUCCAGCUAGUUCGAGAUCCAAGAGCUAUCUUAGCAUCGCGCAUGGUGGCGUUCUCUUCAAAAUAUCACACGUGGAAGGCUUGGGCGCAGAACGGCCAGGUGCCUGAAGAUGAUGAGGAGGUGAAGAGGCUCAAAGGAAACUGUGAUCACAUUAGGAUGUCUGCAGAGGUUGGACUGAGCCAACCUCACUGGCUCAGGAACCGCUACAUGCUGGUCCGCUAUGAGGAUAUCGCCCUCUACCCUAUGCAAAAGGCAGAGGAGAUGUACAAGUUUGCAGGGAUACCAUUUAGUUCCCUGGCCAGGGAGUGGAUACUGAGGAACACCCAGACCACACAGAAAGCCAGCGGGAUUUACUCCACGCAGAAGAACUCAUCAGAGCAGGCAGAGAAAUGGAGAUUUACAAUUCCCUUUACAUUGGCUCAGGUAGUUCAGAGAGUGUGUGGACCCACCAUGAAGCUGUUCGGGUACAGAUUUGUGAAUGAUGAAACGACACUGACCAACAAGUCCAUUAGUUUGCUUGAGGAUAGAUUAUUUAAUUAAUCAGGAGGUCAACAUACAGCUGUGAAGCUGCAAAAUGCUGCAUGGCAUGCAGGGCAUGUGAGCCAGCAGAAGCCAUUACUGUUCAGAUCAAAACUGUUAAACAAAGGUGCCAUAAAAAUACAAACAAAGGUGCCUCACAUGUAGGCCAUACAGUAAGAUGCUCGCCAAUGAUGUGCCUCAUUAAAAUAAUGAAAAGCUACUUGAUAAAGGGAAGUAUUUAUUUGCAUACUGUGUUCACUGAGUAGCCUGAAGAUUAAACUUUGUUUCAUGCUCUUUAUUUCAUUUAGAAAUAAAACAAGCAUAGAUAUCAAGGCCAAAUGUGACAGAUUGUUAUGUAGGAUUUUUUUUUUUUUAAAUCUUUGUCAUGGUUGAAUUUUAAGUGACAAACUUAAAGUGAAAGUUAUGUGCAUAUGUUAUCUAAGGGAAAUUUUGUCUUAGAGGAUCCUAAGACCUUUUCUUAAUAACACCCAGUUUGGCUGAUUUCAUGUUUUUAUACAUCAGCAUUCGUCUAGGCAUUUGCUAGAGUUACGUUCAAGUAGACAUGAUGUGCUGUGAUAGAGUUUUACAAAUCUUACUCAGGAAAAGUAUGUUGUGUCUCGAUGACAAGCAUUGAUAUUUUCUCAACAUUGAUAUUUUCUCAACAGUGUGCUGUGUAAGAGAAUAGGUUCUUCUUUUGAAAACUCUGAGAUUAGAGAGGAUAAAUUAAGAUUUAUUUAUCAAUUUAAAGAUGAUAUAUGAGAAGUAGUAACACUCAUAUCUAUAUGAAAUAUCUACUCAACUAUUUUUUUGUUUUGUUUUUUUAUUUCUAGCCAGCAGCCUUAACUGCAUCUGUAUUAAAGUAUUUCCCACUUCUCUAAACGUCCAAGUAGGUUUUGUUUAAUUUUGUUGCUUGCGUGAGAGCUGAUCUGUUCUUAUGUUGGUCAUUAAAUGUAAGUUUUUUUUGUUUUCUUUUAAAUCACACAACAACUCAAAGUAAUAAAAUCACCCCAAAAUAUUAAGACCUGCAGAAUCCACCCUGUAAA